CUUUGGGUUUCCCAGUUUUUCUAUUUUUAGCUGUUUAUAAGUUCGUGGUCGAAUAACCAUUGACAUAUUUAGAUAAAAGAUUUAAUACCGAAAAUGAAAAGGUAUUAACUUUGCGGACAAUGGACGGAAGGGAUAUUUUGUCGCCAGUGUACCGUGCAGACGGUAAAAGUAUAGAUAUUGUGAAGUUAGAUGAAUCAUUUGGAAAAUGGGUUCACACUGGAAGAAAUAUUACCAUAUCGCCGUGCGACAACGAAUAUGUAAAGAGAAAGCUGAAGGAACCUGAUGUAUACCCAAUAACGAAACACAUUCGAGGAAAAGUGAUUCUUAUUUCAAAUACUGGAUACCAGGCUCUAAGACUGUUGAAAGAUCUAUUCACUCAGAUGUGCUACAAAAUAGGAAUCUAUACCGAGAAAACAAGCGAGGAAAUGCACAACAUCAUUAGUACUGAAGCCGCCAGAGAAGAAAACAAGUUGAUUGAUUCCUUUGUUGUAGUUAUUUAUGGCAUACCUGAAAACUUUAAUAUAACUGAGGUCGCAAAUGCUCUUACCAUAGAAAAUGCCAAAUACCUAGAAAACAAACCAAAACUUGUUUACAUUAUAGGCGGUGAACCUGCUGUACGACAGGUCGAGCAACGAUUAGUUCAGUACACAAGUCAAGAUGUUCUUAUCGGAGCUACAGGAUUCAACGGCAUGAUGUUCUUCAUCUAUAUAUUUUGUACAUUUGUCCACGAGUUAUCUGCGAAAGACAUUUGGAAAAUUCUGAUACAGUAUGCCAACUACCAUACCUUCCCUGCAUCUACAUUUUGUACUCUUAGAAAGGACUUUUUCUUUUUUCCGAACGCCAGUAUAUCAGUUCUUCCAGACGACCUAGCUAAUCUCGACCCAGCAGACAUACAGUUAUACAAGAAGCUUUUGCAAGAAGGCUGGGUCGAUACAUACAACAUAAGACUCAUGUUCGUCGGUCUUUUCGGGGCGGGUAAAACUUCAACUGCCAGAAGAAUCAUGGGUAAAGAAAUAGAUGAUGUGACAAGCACUGAUGGUAUAGAUGUGUACAUUGGUAAAUGCAAGGUUGAUUUGAGUAAUGACCAAUGGGAGACAUUAGAAGAUCCUAGAAAAAGUAUGCCUCUAACGAAGCUUGCCGAACAUUUACAAGAUCCGAGGGCAUGCACAGAACAUUCUGGUCAUGAAGAUAUGGACAUAUAUUCAAGAACUGCAGAUAAAAGUCACAAAAGACGGAAACUGGAAUCUAGAAGCUCGUUGUCUUCUUCAUUGAACUCUUCAGAGUUUGAAAUGAUCAAUAUUGAUUCCUCAACACGGACUAGUUCUAUGGAUAGAUCAGAAUCAUUCGGCGAACCUGAUAUAGAAAUGGUAGACGAGACUGACACGCAGACUUCUAAUACUGACUACUUGAAGACAGCUCAGAGAGUGUUGCAGGAAGCGAAAGAAUCAAAUGCCAACAAAGCGAAAACAGCAAUUGUAUCGCUAUGGGACUUUGCCGGACAGUUCGUCUACUAUGCUACUCAUCAGCUGUUUUUCAGUCCACGUUCCAUUUAUCUUCUCGUGGUUAACAUGGAGGAUGGUGAACUCGAUAAGACACUGGACGGAUGGUACAUGGACCUUACAGGGAAAGAUUCUAUAGAAGCUCAAGGUGGUGUUCAUUUCUGGCUUAGCUCAAUCUAUACAUACGCAAGAGGAGAAACAGAAGGAGUCCCACCAAUCAUUCUCGUCGGUACACAUAAAGAUAAAAUGAAGGGGAGUGAUGAAGAAAAGAGAAAGACAGCAAGAAAGCGCUUUCGACAGAUACGAGAUAUGUUUUUCGAUUCUCCAAUUUCCAAGCACAUAAGAUCAGAAGAUAUUCUCCUUGACAACAGUGUGCAGGAUUCGAGCAGCAUAGAUCAGUUGAAACAGGUUGUAAUGGAUGUGUCUAAGGAAAUGUUUUACUGGGGUCAAAAAGAUCCAGCAAAGUAUAUAGAACUUGAACAAGCGCUUGUUGAUCGUCGUAAUGAUGGCACCAACUUUAUAACCAUGAAAGAGUUUAAAGAAAUAAACCAGAAAUUAGCAUCACCAUUACAAAGUGAAGAGCAUUUGAAACUCUUUCUAAAGAUUCAACACCAAAAGGGAACAAUUAUUAAUUUCUCUGACACAGAGCAGCUAAAGGACAUCAUAAUUCUUGAACCCCAGUGGAUUAUCAACGCAUUUCGUCACUUGAUAAGAGCAAAGGACUUUGGUGAGAAGUAUGGACAUUUGAAGAAGCAAUGGGAAGAUUUCAAUGAUACAGGGAAACUGGACAUUGGCCUUGCUGAAAGUAUAUGGAAACAGGACCUCAAGAAUCACUUUUAUGAAAACUUUGAUAUGCUGCUUGAGUUUCUUGCAAAACUAGACAUUAUAGUCAGAGCCUCGCAGCUUGGAGAAAAUGGGAUCACAAAGAAACCACUUGGCUUCUACUAUGUGCCUUGCUUGCUGAAGGAAAUGCCACCUGACAAUGUACUGCAUUUGCAACAUAUUCCUGAUGGCAUAAGAACACCUGUUCUGUGCUUCACGUUCCGGGAAAGUUUCCUUCCACCAGCCAUUUUUAACAGAGUGCUAGCUCUAUGUUUGGGCAAAUGGCCAGUAGCUCGCCAAGGGAAACAUACGUUUUUGUAUUGCGGGUGUGCGGUAUUUGAGGUCAAAGAAUGUGAUGACGAAGACAGGCAUCGACUUCACAUAUUUUUCAAAAAAUCAAAAAUAGGUUUACGGAUAAGUCGGUACAGUACUAAAGGUGUCAAGGAGGUUGACCGGCAAGUGUGUGACAGAGUUAGACGGUUCAUAACCAAGGCAAUCAGGAAUGAAUUUAACCGAUUUCAGAACAAACCAACACCGGGAAUGGACGAGGAAAUGCACGACAGAGAUCCGUUCUAUUUUCAAAUUCAAUGUACCGAUAGUAAUCCCGAGGACGUCCUCGACGAUGGUUUACAUGACAUUAAAGAGCUGACUGACAUGUUAGAAUGUGACAAGGGAGAACUAGAUGCUUUUUGUCGAAAGCACAAUGGGGAGAACGAGCCACAUUCGUUUGAACCUGUCAAAUUGCUGAAAGAGUGGUUUCCGGACAAGAUUCCGGAAUGCCACAGGGAGUCAACAGAAACCGUCUUAGAAUCAUGGUUUAACAAAAUACCUGAAGGAAAGAAGUCUGUAGAUUUGAGUAAACUGGCAGAUAAAUAUCUCGGACCUUUCCUAACCGGUUUGUCAGCAAGUAUUGGAAAGAACUGGAUGUUUUUGAUGCAUGACCUGGUCGUUACGCAAGUGCUUAUUGACCAGAAGAUGUCUGAAAAUCCUCGUGAAGUAUCACGAAGUAUUUAUGAGGCACUAAAGCACUGGAUCCACCAAACCCGGCAACCCACAAAUCCGGACACACCCACAGCUGGUAAACUACUGGACGCUAUAUUUCAGGCAAAGAAUGUCACUUUUGAUUGGGAAGAAAUCCAAAACUGUUUUGAUAAAUUGCCGAUGUAGACGUUAGAUAAGUGUAAUGUGUUUAUGAAUAGCCGGCAUGACUCAUUUAGCUGUCUUUCCCCUGAUUUACAUUUGGAAUUGCUUAAGUUAUAUAUAUUGGUAUGAAAAUGGGUAAAAAAUAAAGGUAAAUGAUUUUUCAAGAAACGAGUGGAGUGUAUGUGAGCACAAUGAUAGGUAAAGACUGUAAAGUUGUUCAGUUAUUCCGUGUUGGGCUUUCUUUAGGGAAUCUGUUUUUUUUUCUAUUUUAUAAUUACACAAAGUGGUUAGGACAGAUGCAUAUAUAGGACCUUUUAUGAUUAUCUCUACGUCAUUGUCAAUGAAAUUGUAAUUUGAAUUAUUUGUAUAAAUAUAGAUGAUUAUAAGCAGUAUCAUUAAUAUAAUUUAUGAUAUAUUUAUCGUACUGAAUAAAUAGUAAAUGAAAAUGUAAAGAAAAAGGAACACUUCAAAAUAGGGUUUAUUUAAUGUUUUGAAAGUUGCACAAGUAAAUUUAUCUAUAUAUUCAAUUUAUAUACACAUAUUA